AUGAAGUUCUUCGCGUCGUUCCUUCUGGUCGUACUGGCCGCGUUCGCGGUCGCCCAGGCUAAUGUCCAGCCCACCCCAGCUCCUCGCGUCGAAAAGAGGCAAAGCUUCGACCCGUACAACCUCUCGCAGUACACCAACCCGGGAGCGCUCUCUUCGCUCUCGCAGUACAUCAACUCGCAAUUCGGCGCGCUCGACUCGGUCUCGCUUCCUGCUAGUGAAUCCUCGUACAUCGCCUCGCAGAAGAGCCAGGCCUACUCGUACCUCUCGUUGGCCUCGUCGAUCCUCGCCAACGGCGGUGCCAGCAACUCAAACCUCGGUUCGAUUCUUGGCUCGAUCACCAAGUCCGCCAGCGGCGCUCUCAGCAGCAUUUCGAAGGAAGGGUCGUCGGCCGCCAGCGCUGCCUCGUCGGCAGCCACAAGCUCGCGCGGCUCGUCCAACGGUGCCGUUGCUGCUUCGGGCCCCAUGCCCGGCUACAUGGUCGGCGUCGUCGCCUGCACUUUCGUCGCUGCUCUUGCUGGCGCCUUUGCCCUCUAG